GUACACUGUUAAUAAAAUGAGCACCUGAUUCUUUCUGUGUUAAAUAAUCAGCGUUUUCACGGCUGAAACCCGCAGAUUCGCCGUUUCCCCUCAUGCUGCCUCUCUUCAGACCUCAUUUAUCCGACACCGAGCUCACCUGGCCGGAAACAAAAGGCUGCAGCUGCUAGUGGAGCCUCCAGCGGCUCUGUGUCUGCAGACAUGGGUCGGUAUUUCCACAGUGACGUCGACAUUAAGAGUCCCUGGCAGCAGGUGUUAGCAGCCUUCUGGCAGCGCUACCCAAACCCUUACAGCUCCCACGUUCUCACCGAGGACGUCCUUUACCGUGAGGUCACCCCCAGCAACCACCUGUUGUCACGGCGACUGCUAACCAAAACCAACCGUCUGCCGGGCUGGGCGGAGCGCGUGUUCCCCGCCCACAUGGCAAGGGCCGUGUACGUCCUGGAGGACUCCAUUGUGGACCCGCAAACGCACACUCUCAUCACAAAGACGUGGAACCUGAACCACAACACGCUGAUGACGGUGGUGGAGCGAUGCUUGUUCGAGGAGGACCGCAGUCGGCCAUCUUGGACCAAACUGAGGAGGGAGGCCUGGAUCUUUUCAGCGGUGUACGGCUUGGCCCGGCCCAUCCAGGAGUUUGGACUGGCCAGGUUUAAGAGUAACCAGGCCAAAGCCAUGAGGGGUCUGGAGUACGCUCUGUCCAAAAUACAAGCAGCAGAUGCCCCGCCCCAUCUCCACAGUGACCAGGCGGAGUCGUCAGAGAAGCACAAGCCCCUCCCACCACAGGCCGGUCCAGCCUCCAACCAGAAGCCAAAGCAGUUCGUCUAAGAUCUCAGCUUCUACAUCAGCAGCUGGCUGCAGCAUUUAUGACAGAGGGGGCGGGGCUUUAUGCCAACCUGAGCUGUGAUUGUCCCCGUGGGAAGUCAGAGGACAAAUGUUCUUUUCUUUUUUAAAUAUCAGCUGCUCUGUAGCUAGAAUCAAUCCCAGAAUGCUUUGGGGCUUGAAUACUGUCUUUGAUAGAGAUUUUAUACCUCAAAGGUGCUUUUUUCUUUUUCUUCUUCUUUUUCUAGAUUAUUAGGACCCAGGACCAGGGGAAUUGUUGGCGUUUCGUUUUUGUUCCCACUUUCACCAAAACA